AUGAGGUACCAGAAUUGGGACGUGCUUCUCUUCCCUGGUGAUUCAAGGACUCCCAUCCAGGAAUUCAAUACAAAAUGUUUUGUGUUGAGACAGAACUUGAGUUUGUCCUCAAACGAGGCCCUUGUCGAGAAAUAUCACAGCAACUUUGAGUCGAUGACACUGAUUCCAAUCCUGAACUCCUUCAUUGCGAGUCUCGAAUGUGGAGCGGCGUUCCGAAUCUCAAUCCACAGCUGGGAUAACCCUACUCCAUCUCACCUCUUGCUCAGCUACAAGACUCCAGACGAAGCAGUUCUGUUUGAGGCACGAGUGUACAUUAACGGAGUUCUCGUGGCUCAACGCACAUUUGACGAGAAUGUGUGGCCAGAGGUCAUUGGUACGACACCAGCCUACUAUAAAGACCGCGAUGCUCAAUAUCUUCGAUUCCCUAAGUUCCACCGAGAAAUCCUCCAGCAAGAUGGAUGGGAACCCAGCGAGUUCAUGGGCCGAAUCAGGGUCGUGAUUGCAGAAGGGGUCAUGAGAGACAACACUCCCCCUGCUGCUUCAGCCUCUAGGUUUGACCGCCUCCGAGAUGUCGUUGCCUUCUCUUUUCAGCAUGCCCCCCAAGACAUCCUCGAGUACUCAGGGAUUGCCUGGCCAAACCCAGAGAUGUUCAAGAACUUUCCCAGCAAACCGUUACGACCUGUACCGAUCGGCUCUCGAGUCUCCGGUAUUUCCGGCCACGAAGCUCAUUCGCACUCGCCACAACGGUUACCUCCAAUAGCGUCACGAAAUAAAAGACUGUCGACGCAGGAAAGCUUUCAGAAAUUCUUGGAUGCACAGAACCAUUCAGAGCUCCAGCCCGGCUCGAGCAGCAAAGCACCCACCAUUGAAGCCUUGAAGAGCCAGUCCAUUGAGCGUCAAGCCUCGGGCAAGCUGGUGGCGCAUGAUGAUGAUCCUUUCAUCUCCUCGCACCAGACUCCGACGGCAAUACAGCAAUGGCGGCUGCAAUUGAGGUCCACUAGCCAUGACAUCUCCAUGGCAGAUUACACAUCCAGCAAGACUGAUCGCAGUGUCGUCAAUACAGAGAUGUCCGGGGUUAGCAUUCCGCGAGCCAACUUCAUGAAGCACAUGAACGACGCGAACCUUGAGGAGAUCGUACAAGCUUUGAGUCCCGCCCGUCAAGAAGAACUGUUCAAAGUUCUCAGCGCCUCACAUAGCCCAGCUCCUGGCGUAGGCACUCGGCCACCGGCAAAUACUCCUCAGAUAACUGACGACUUCAACACUCCCAGAGUGAUGCACUCUGGCGGCGCAAAUGAUGGCAUCACGGCAAAGCUCUGGCAGGAACCACGGCAGCGACGCCGGACAUGUUCGCUAGCUAGUUCCAGAAGCACUUCAGAGCCAGUGGCUCAGCUGAGCAAAGAGCAGACCAGCCCGCGACUACCCCGGGGACUGAACGCGCCUACAAGUGGAAAGAACCAGUUGUCACUCGCACCGAGAUCGCUUUCACUCGGCAUCAAUCGCCAGAGAUCGGGCUCGAAUGGCUCAAAGCGUAAGCGGGGCUCGACUUCGCCAGGAUUGGGUAUGGGAAAGACGCAGGACACGAUUCAGGUCGUGGUCUGUUCUUCGUCCUCAUCGGCAUCGGAUGGGGGUCGAGACGAGCAGAGCGAAACAAAAUCUGCCACUUCACCUGGGAAAACCGUUGCUGUUGUAGCAGAGUGA